AUAACUUUCGCUAAUUUCACUUUCUUCUGUCUCUGCUUGUCUGAGCCAAAAACAGAGAGCGGUUCAUUAGGAAGGAGAAUCAUGGCGGACGAUAGUAAGAACAAUGAGAAAGAUAAUAGCACUAGACAGCCAUUGUUGAAGAAACGGUACUAUGAGAACUGCCCUGGCUGUAAGGUGGAUCAAGCCAAGGAAAUUUACGAAGGCGUUCCUCUGAAGUAUGUGACUAGCAUAUGGAUAAUAACUCUCUGCACCGCGCUGCCUAUAGCAUGCCUCUUCCCAUUUCUUUAUUUCAUGGUAAGAGAUUUUGGUGUAGCAAAAACGGAGGCAGAUAUCAGUUCCUAUGCUGGUUAUCUGGGAUCUUCAUACAUGCUCGGCAGAGGUUUGACAUCAGUUCUAUGGGGAAUAUUUGCUGAUCGAUAUGGUCGAAAAUAUGCUAUAGUUAUAGGCAUUUUUGCAGUUGUCGUGUUUAACACACUAUUUGGUCUUAGCACAAGUUUUUGGAUGGCUGUUAGCACGAGAUUUCUUCUUGGAAGCUUAAAUGGUUCACUUGGGCCGAUAAAGGCUUAUGCUACCGAAAUUUUUCGAGAAGAACACCAGGCUUUAGGACUCUCAACGGUCAGUGCAUCGUGGGGCAUAGGUUUGGUCAUUGGCCCAGCACUAGGAGGUUAUUUGGCUCAGCCAGCAGAGAAAUAUCCACAUAUAUUUCCAAAAGGUUCCUUAUUUGAUAGGUUUCCAUACUUCUUGCCCUGCUUGAUAAUAUCAGCCUUUGCACUUGCUAUAUUAGUUGCCUGUCUGUGGCUCCCGGAAACAUUGCACAAACACAACGUUAAUGAUGAGUCCAAUGAAGAUGCAGAAGCUUUAGAAAAUGGAAUCACAGGAAAGACAGUUCAGAAAGUUGAAAACCUCCUCCUGAAUUGGCCCUUGAUGUCAAUCAUUAUUAUUUAUUGCGUUUUCUCACUGCAUGAUAUCGCUUAUUCAGAGGUUUUCUCAUUAUGGGCUGUCAGUCCGCGAAAGCUGGGGGGUUUGAACUAUACAACAGAUAAUGUUGGUAAUGUUCUUUCAAUAUCAGGUUUUAGUCUGUUGCUCUACCAAAUCUUCAUUUAUCCACUUUUGGAGAAAGUUUGUGGACCUGUGAGACUUUCCCGCAUUUCAGGGGCUAUAUCCAUACCUAUCUUGCAAAGUCACCCUUUCAUAGCAUUGUUAUCUGGAUUCACACAGGACCUAUUGAUAACUAUUGCUUCUGUCCUUAUGUUUUGUCUCUCUGCAACCAUUAUUACUGGUUUAUUCCUUCUGCAAAACAGAGCAGUGGAACAACACCAAAGAGGAGCAGCUAAUGGUAUUGCUACGACUGGUAUGUCACUGUUCAAAGCAUUUGGCCCAGCUGGAGGCGGUGCAAUAUUAAGUUGGUCGCAGAAGAGAUUAGAUGCUUCUUUCCUCCCAGGCCCUCAUAUGGUAUUUUUUGUGCUGAAUCUAGUAGCAGCACUUGGAAUGUUGAUGAUGUUCAAACCAUUCAUGGCUGAGAAAAAGAAAACCCCAUCAGAACAGUUACACUGAUAUAUCCAAGGGUUACUUGUUGCUGCAGAAGACUGAAGUGAUGAAUGAAGCUAAUAAGGCUAGGAAAACCAGAAGAGGGAAGGAAACAGAGCAGAAAAAGAGAGAGAGAAACGUAAAGAGCAAGAUCCUUGUUCUUUCUUUUGUUGAAAGCAACCUUCUUUUGUCUCUAUAAUGGCGGUUUAUCAUAUGUUUUGGUUAAUCUAUGAAACAACUUGGUCAUCGUACUAAUUGGCAUAUCCUGUUUUGAAUGAAAUUUUGAAUCUCAAGUUGGUAAUGUGCUUCUUAACAAUAA